AUGAAAAAUAAUAAAGGAAGUAGAAGCAUUUCAUCAUCAGAUUCAAGUUAUCAAAAACAAUGUGAUAAUUAUUUCAAUUAGGGGUAGAUAAAGAGUUUUUAAUAAAAGAAGGUAUAUAAUAUUGAAAUGAACUUGAAAGAAGCUUAAAGUUUAGAAGAUUAAGUAUGUGAAAAUAAAGUAGAUGCUAUGGAAUAAGAAUAGAUUGAUAUAGAUGCUAAGAAAGAAGAAUAUAAAAAUAGCAUUAAACUAAAUAUUUUUGCAAGAUAGCAUAAUAUAUAAUUAGAUGAAUAAAGUUAAAUUAUGCCAGUAGUUAUAUAACUUUAGUCUAUAAAAGAAUAAAAAACAUUUAAUAGAGCAAACAUAGAUCUUAUUUGUGUAGUUGAUGUAAGUGGUUCAAUGGAAGGUGAGAAAAUAAAAUUAGUACAAAAUUCAUUGAGAUAUAUAUAAAAAAUCCUAAAGCCUGAAGAUAGAAUUGCAUUAGUUUCAUUUGCAAGUUCAGCUUAUGUAAAUUUAGCUUGGACUAGAAAUCUUCCUGAAAAUAAAAAAAAAAUAAAGAAAGCAAUAAAAAGUAUGAAAAUAAGAGAUUCUACAAAAAUUGCUGAUGGCUUUGAUUUAGGAGUAAGAAUGAUUAGAGAUAGAAAAUAUAAAAAUUAAAUAACUAACAUGUUUAUUUUGAGUGAUGGUGUUGAUGAUGAUAAAGGUGCAGAUUANCAAUUAUAUUAUUGCUAUAAAUCGUCUUAUCAUGUCUAAAUUUUUAUUUCUUAGAUUUUUUUUGAAAUGUUAAAUUAUUUAUUCAAGAAAUAUUUAACAAAAUCUUAUUACUGUGAUUAAAAUUGA